CCAGGACCUAAACAGAAGCAUCAGCUGCCCCGGACCUCCAGGACCUCCAGACGAGUCAUGAAGCUGCUCCUCCUGCUGGCAGUUGCUGCCAGCCAGAUGCUCUCUGCCUCUGCCAUUGUCACUCUGCAAGCUCCUGGUGGAAACAUCAACAUCAGCGACGUUCCCAUCACUUUCUAUGGAAAAACAUACACAUGGUUACACGUGAAGAUCGGCAAUAAGAAUGAAGUUUGUUUAAAAAAUGACCCAUCUGAGGACGACAUUGACUGUCUGGUGACCAACGAGGUGGCUUCAACCAAACUGACGUACAUUACGAGUGAUUCGACAUUUCGCCCUAACUAUUAUCUUUCUAACAUCAAAACCCAGGGACUGGGUGUCGUUGCUCUCAAGUUCUUCACUGGUUCUACAUUGAAUAUGAAGUGGUCAUUCUACAAUUAUGGUUUGCAAGCUGCUUGCCAUACAAAUCAUUAUGCUGGCCGUCCGUUUCCUGCUAGUUUAGAAAUUUCUACAAAAGUCGGUGGCACAGUGAUGGAUACCUGGGAGCCUCCUGCAGGUCCAGCUAUGCUUCGAGACCUGAGUGGAUGCAGAGGCUCAGGUGGCGCUAUAAUGCCGGGUUCAGAGAUGCCCAACUUAGGGCCCAGCGCAGAGCCCUGCUCUGUUGAACUCUGUUCUCUGUCUGCAGUCCUCUCUACUGUCACUGCAUGUGGGCCCGAGGAGGUUUGCCAAGCGGACAACACGUGCGCUAUUCCUCCAGUGGUGUGCACGGUGACGGGCUCCACGGUGAUCGGUUUCCACGGAGCAGUGCACUCUGUCCAGGAUCGCUGUGCCUACAGUCUGAUGGAGUCUGAAGGCAGCGCCAGCUUCAACCUCAUGGCCGCUUUCAGGGAGCGCCGGCGUACAGAUGUUCCUCUUCUGGACCACCUGAUCCUGUCGCUGCCAGGUGUGACCAUGUAUCUGGAGCAAAGAGGAAGAGUUCGGGUUGGUGGUGAAGCCCUGGUGCUCAGCAGCACAGCUCAGCUGAUGCACGGCGUGGAGCUCUCCAAGGACCAGACUGGAGUCACUGCUAAGUUCCCGUCCUCCAACAUGACUCUCUUCUUUGAUGGCAACAGCGCACAUGUGACAGGUACAGAACAGUACUUCCAAUCUGGACUGAAUAGACCUCCUGCAGCUGUAGAGGGUUUGUGUGGCAGCCCCUCCAACUCCAGGUGGACCACCACCCCGACUGCAGAGAAGUCCUCUAUCAGCCUCCCUGGCUGUGAGAUUCAAUACCAGGACUCAGUCGACAGCGCCAUCAACUGCAACAUCUCCACCGACCACUGUAAUCUCAUGAGGCAGCCUCCCUUCUCCGCCUGUCACGAGCACACAGACCCAGAGCCGUACAUCAGCGCCUGCACACACACUCUGUGCAGAUACCCGUUAGUGGAUGGGGUCGACUGCCACUUUUUGGAGGCUUACGCCAAGACCUGCAGCCUGGAAGCCAACGUGACCCUGGAGGACUGGAGGUCAACUACUGGCUGCUCCCCCCCACCUCUCUGUCAGCAGCCCUGCAGUGAUCAUGAGUUCUGUGGAGAGGUUCACGGUUCGACCCGCUGCUUCUGUCGGGCUCUGUUCGCCUCCAAGUACAAAGCCACCAAGUCUUUAGGCGAUCCCACGGUCUGCAGGCAGAACUCGGCCUCUGUGGUUCUGGCUGGAUGUCUGCUGGACGACAAAGGCAUCGACUUCUCCACCUUACAGCUCAAAGACCCCAGCUGCAAGGGCCACAUGGACCCCCAGAGCCACCUGGUGACCUUCAGGUUCAACAACAGCGCCCCCUGCGGGACGGAGGUCAUGAGAAACAACAGCCAGAUCGUCUUCAAGAACUCCAUCAUGUUCUCGAACAGCUCAUCAGGCGGAGUCAUCACCCGCAGAGACCAGUUCCAGAUCGACUUCUCCUGCAAGUACACACAGCCAGGGGUCAGGAGUGUGUACUUCAGGAUCAAAGAGAGCUCUGUAGUGCAGCACAUCGUAUCUGAAGAGUGGAGCUACACUCUGACGAUGAGCUCCUUCAGUGACGCCGGCCUCCUGCAGCCGGUCGGCCCAAGCACGGAGAUCCUGCUGAACCAGAAGGUCUGGCUGCAGCUGGAGGCGUUGGGGCUGGACGCCAACAUGGUCACCAUGGUGACAGACUCCUGCUGGGCAACCAAUCAGGCAUCACCUGACGGUAAUCUGCGAUAUUACCUCAUCAUCAACGGAUGUCCGAACCCUGCUGAUGAUACGGUGCAAAUGCAGGGAAACGGACAGGGAACGUCCAGCGUUUUCUCCUUCAACAUGUUCGAGUUCUCUGGAGGAAGCAGUGAAAUCUACCUGCACUGCAAACUGGAGCUGUGCCCCACACAGGGCCAGGCCUGCACUCCGGUACACACAGAGUACUAAU